UAGGUCGCAGAUGGAAACCGACAACAGCUGCGUGCCCGCGCUGUUCGUGAAAGAAACGGCGCAUCACACUCGGCACCAGUCAGUUCACAACUGCGGCUGUGAGGUGCAACACCAUCACCAUCACCAUGACAAUAACUCUCUACAAUUUGCACCGAAGCCCCCCGUGUGGCUUUAUACGUUCGCUUGCGAAGCACCUGGGGAUUGAGCUUGACCUGAAAAACCUGGACUUCACCAAGAAAGAGCACUUCGGUGAGGACUACCUGAAGAUAAAUCCUUUUCACAAAGUGCCUGCCAUCGACGACGACGGUUUCGUUGUUUACGAAAGUACCGCCAUCGCCUACUAUCUGAUUCGGAAGUACGCCACAGAGUCUGAUCUUUAUCCUGCCUGUGUGGAGACUCGAACUCGCAUCGACCAGAUUCUCGCAUGUGCUUCCGGCACAAUUCACAACCAUUCAGCAGUUUUCUUUCGUCCUCGUGUUUGGUGCAAGAACAAGCCGACUGCCGAGGAAGUGAGAACAUUUGAAGAGAAUGUGAUACAAGGACUCGAACACCUCAUUGGUGACGGGAAGUUUGCUGUAGGUGAUAAGCUCACCCUUGCCGAUCUUGCUAUCUUCGCCCAUCUCACACUGGCAAUUGAGAAUGACUCCGUUGACAAGAGCAAGUUUCCGAAGCUUGCCAACUAUCACGAACGCGUAAAGAACGAGCUUCCUUACCUCGAAGAGAUACACAGACCUGCCAUCGAAUACUUUAAGCACUUGUGGGCCGAGCUGAAAUAAAUUGUGUUGCAGCUCCCCGAAGGAUUAUAUCAUUUCCUUUGUCUUCAUUGAUUUGAGAAUAUUACUCACAUGAAAUAAAAACAUAGUGGCACAACA